AUGCCUAAGGCUACGUGUAUUCUUCGUGGAGAUAAACCAGGGAUUAAUGUCGAAGGUGUCGUCACUUUCACUCAGGAAGAAGGAAGCAAAGUCGUUAAUGUUCAUAUACAAAUUGAAGGGUUGACAAAAGGAAAACAUGGAUUCCAUAUUCAUGAAUUCGGCGAUAAUACUAAUGGAUGUACCUCAGCUGGACCUCAUUUCAACCCGGGCAAUCAUGUUCAUGGGGCACCUACAGAUGAAAUCCGUCAUGUCGGGGAUUUAGGCAAUGUUAUAGCUGACUCACAUGGAAAAGUUGCUACAUCUUUUGACGAUCAUCUUAUUUCGUUGACUGGAGCUCAUUCCAUUAUUGG